UCCACCAUCCAAACUUGCGAAAAAUCGCGGUACCCGCCGUUCCCCAUUUCUCCCGUCCCGUUCCCAACCAGAAAAAUCCAAGCCAAAUCGCCCACGGGUCCUGCUCUUCUUCUCUUCUCUCCGGGAGAGGGAGAGAGAGAGCCAAGUACACACUACAUACAUAUACCUGCACUGCCAAAGCUGCUUCGGUCUGCGGAGUGCGGCAGAGCAGAGCAAGACUUGUCACUUCACUUCUCUCGCUUUUUCAUCACGCCGGGCUUGAUCGAAUCGAAUAAACAGUACUGCUGCUGAGAGGUCAGCUCUUGAUCGAGUGGAAUAAAUUGAUGCGCCCCGUGGGCGGGCUGUAGCUGUAGCUGUAGCAGGUCUGCUGGAGGCUGGAGCUAGAAGAAAGAGAAGGGUAGCUUAAGCGCAGCUAGGCUUGUUGCUGCUUCCCCCCUUUUCUGUUCAAUCCAGGUUGUGGAUUUUUUCCUCCAAGAAUCGUUGCAUGGACGGCAAUGGGAGAUCGGCGGCGUACCAGAAGAAGCCUCUCAGCGCGGAAACCGAUCUCGUGGAGCUGCUAUGGCACAACGGCGGGGUUGUGGCGCAGCCGCAGACGCACCCGAGGCCGGCGGCGAACCCCUGCGACGGCCAGAGCGCCAGCGGCCUCACCGGCGAGGAGACGGCCGCGUGGUUCGGCGACGUCGACGGGCUGGAGAACGAGAUGUACGCGCAGCUCUGGCACAGCAUUGCGGACGGACCCGCCCCGCUCCCGUGCCCUCCGCCGCCGCCGCCGCACCAGGCGGCGAGGCCGCCGAUGAGGAGCGGCAUCGGCUCCAGCUGGACGGGCGGCGGCGGCGACAUCGGUUCGACCUUCUGCGGCAGCAGCCAGGUCCCGGAGGUGCCGGCGGAGGGCAGGGAGGAAGGGAGCGCCGCGCUGCCGUCCGAGGGCACGCGCGGGACGAGCACGCGCGACUGCACCGCCACCUAUACCGGCACCGGCACGUCGUCAUCCGGUGGGUCAGGGAGCAACUUUGGGGGCUCCGGCUUGCCGAGCGAGAGCGGCCAUGCCCACAAGAGGAAGGGGAGGGGUAGAGACGAGUCUGCCAGCCGCAGCGAGGAUGUUGAGUAUGAAGCGACUGAAGAGACGAAAUCAUCUAGGCGACACGGGUCGAAGCGGAGGAGCAGGGCAGCUGAAGUUCACAACCAGUCAGAGAGAAGAAGAAGAGACCGGAUCAAUGAAAAGAUGCGCUCAUUACAAGAACUCAUACCCCACUGCAACAAGGCCGACAAAGCAUCAAUACUAGACGAGGCAAUCGAGUACUUGAAGUCCCUCCAAAUGCAAGUUCAGAUUAUGUGGAUGACUACAGGGAUGGCGCCAAUGAUGUUUGCUGGUGCUCACCAGUUCAUGCCACCGAUGGCUGUGGAAAUGAAUUCGGCAUGCAUGCCUGCGGCACAGGGUCUAAAUCAGAUGGCAAGAGUUCCAUACAUGAACCAUUCCAUGUCAAGUCACAUCCCUAUGAACUCAUCUGGAGCAAUGAACCCUAUGUAUGUUGCAAACCAGAUGCAAAACAUUCACCUGAGGGAGGCAAGUAAUCACUUCCUUCACCCAGAUGGUGGACAAGCAGCAGCGCCUCAGGUAGCAGGACCAUAUGCUUAUGCACCACAUGUAGCACCACAAAACGGCAUACCGGAAGUCCCAGAUAGUACUGUUGUGCCAACUUGUGGGCCUGGACAACCACCUACCUCUGAUGGAAGUUAGAAUGACCGUAAUCUUGGUAUGGGACUGCGUCGACCUGCACAGGAGCCGUCUUUCUGGAAUUAGCUGAAAAUACUAACAUGAUAAGCAGAUAGCAUCCACAUUUCUGUUGUAUGUCUCGAUCAAUACGUGUCUGGCAUAAAUUGCAGAAGUAUUUCUAAAUUAAGAUAGCAUUUUUCUUUGAUGUCGGAAAUAUGGGUCAGUAUGCGUCUAGCUCCAAUUCCAUGUGUAUGCACUAACCAUAAUAAUAUUGAAUUGCAGCUACUCAAAUAGUGCUAUAGCAACCUUUACCUUUACCUUUACCCUUCCUUUUCUUUUAUUACUACUGUCUUUGAAACGUCUGGUUUAUUCGAGAGAAAAGGAGGAAAAAAUGAAAGGGUUUUGCUUGUUGUCAAAUGGCCAACAUCCAACCAACCAGACCCGAGGGGAAGGAACAGAACAAGUCAAAGCAUUAUGUCCUACAGAAGCUGAUUCGAUAGCAAGCCUUACUCUUCUCUAAAUCCAAGAUUUGGUCUGCAGGAGAAGAACUUGCCGGGCAGGACAUGGAGCUGUCCGCCUCACGGUGUCCGCCUGCUGCGUGCACGUACAGUCACUCCGAUGUAUGCUCAUCGACAAAGUUUUUGGCAUCGCUGCUCUUGUGGCUCACAGCAGCUGGAUUAAAGUCUGGGAAUUCCGUGUGGAGCCCUGGGUUUGCAAUGCAAAUGCCGGCGUCUCUCUCAGGCUCAGCUGCAGGUGUAGAACAAGAGUUGUGGUUAUCUUCUUCUUUCGCCUGAUGUUUACAGCACCCCCCAAGUGCACGUUACUGUUGCUGCAUGGUCCUCCGGUCUAGAGAUGCUGCUGGCCAUGGGAUCACAUCCCCUGAGCUUUCAUGUGUACUGCAACUGGGAAAAAUACUGGAUGCCCUUGAACUUGUUGCUCA